GCCUCCGGCCCUCCUCGCUCCGUGCGGGGGUCCCCGCGAGCUCUGCGCUUUCACCGCCCGUUGGGUCUUCGCAGCGCUCCGUCCCCUCUGCCCCUCUGGCCGGGCUCCUUUGGAUCCCGAACCGCCCUAGCUCUCGCUGCCCUACUGGGCUCGACUCUGCGCCCUGCAGAAGCCAGCACACUUUCCUAGAGGUGGUCACAGCCCCAAAAGUCCCCUGGAUGUGUUCACAUUGUGUCUGGGCAAAAAAAGAUCGCAUGGCAUUGCUUCAGCGGGGCGGCGCAUUGUCCUUCAAUUACCACCCACUUUAGCAGCAUCUUUCAGUCCCACCUAGGCCGAAAGAUACCACACCCUAACUCGGUAAUGGACUAAACCUUGGGAACGUGGCUCCCCCAGACAUGGGGCUGUCACUGUUGGGAGGAUCACAGGGGAACCUGUUGCAGCCAGAUGGCCCUGCUACUGUGGGGUGUGCUGGUGUGGCUGGUGGAUGGGCUGUAGGGCCUCCGUGUGGGAUCAGAAACAUUCCUGCAUGGCUCUGCUGUCUGGCCAGCAUCUGGUGACACUCCCCAGUGCCUCACACAGCAGUUGUCUCAUCAUCUUUUAAGACAAAUUUUGGCAUUCUUGAUGUCUGGAAAACACUGGGAAGGUUCCUGCUUUCCUGGCAUUGCUUUGUAAAACUGUUCAGUGUAAAGAUCCAGCAAGAUCUGGUUUAUGCUUAAGUUUUUAAUGUAUAGUUAAGAUUAAUAGGGUUGCCCAUAAACUACUGGCUGACUCUGAGGCCACCUCAGUCUCGGUGUGGUUUUGUUUCAGUGUCUGUCUGGUACUCUCUCAGCUCACUGUAACACCAGCUUGCACUGCAUUCCCUAGCAGCAUAAUGCAGCUCCUGCUCUGUCAGUCCUUUGUUGCCUGCAAAUGGAAAAGCCCUCACCAGCUUUGCACAGCAAGGCAGAUUUGUAGCCAGUGGAUACUACAAAGAGUUGCUUUGGAGUUACUCAUAAGUGUAGAAUGUUUGAACCGGGCUCUCUCAUAGCUGAGGCGAGUCACUUCAUGAGAUUUCUUGGGGCCUGAGCCUCACCUACAGCCUGAAUAAGGCUGGGUUCUGUUUGCUUACCUGGGGGGCCGUUACAGCCAGGGAAGAGAGCAGUCAGGUUACAUGGCUCUGUGGGAGUGUUGCCAUGAUACUGGCUUUCUUGCUUUUUAAAAAGAAGCAAAGUGUUUGCCAAUUUAUUAUUUCUGUAAUCUUUGACAUUCUUGUAAGGACUACUUCAGUAGUUUGUCCUUCUUCCUCAGCAUGCCUUCUGUUCAGUCGUGUAAUAGAUUUGAGGAUCAGAAGAGAUGAUUAGCUCAUUUAGCGUGGUCUUUGUAUAACACAGGAAUAGAGGAUAGUCUGCUGUAAGACACCUUCUAGCAGUUACUCUGUUGUUCAGCCAUCACAGCUCUGGAGUCCAGUUGCCAGUCUUUGAGCUUUCCAAUCUGCAUUUUGUGCCUUUUGGACACAAAUUGUCAUAGGUAAAUUCCCAGAUUUUUGCAGGUUCAUUGAAAAUUGUUUGUUGUCACAGACUGUUCUGAAGACAUUACCAACACCUCUAUUCACACCCAGCUGGCAGGGCUUUUGUCUCAUGUUUGGAGCCCGGUCAGAAGAGGCAGAAAGCUGAGUUCUGUCUGCACGCUGCUGACUGAGCCAUUAGAGAUGGUAAAAAGCAUCAUUCUAAAAAUCAGUCAAAACUCAGAGAAAAAAAAUCACACUUGCCAUUCUGAGAGCCCUUGCUGUAGUUAUUGCCAUGUAAGUGCAGCGAGCUGGGCAACUUUUCAGAUGGUUUUUGCUGUGGGCUACUGGUGAGGCAUAACUGUGGAAUCAAGGGUGGCACCAGUGCAUACCCCACACAGUCACAUGUAGCAGGGCCUGCAGGACUGUGCAGAUGACUCAAGGCUGAUUUAUGUGUUUUCCAUUAUCCUCCCUUGCGGAUGCAGCUGCCAAGUCUGCACAGCGCUGUUCAGCUGGGAAGCUAAUAAGCUCAGUGUCAUCUUACUCCAGCGAGACUCCACACAUUGUUAUAAGCAGUUACAGAUGAAAGAGGACUUUUGUUUUCUGUCUGGUUGAAGUACUUCCCAAGAUCCAGGUUACGGAGCUUUUCCCUAGCUGCUAAGGCACCAGGAUCUACUUAUUCAACAUUCUUAAGUACUGACUUGAUGAAUCUACUGUAACACAUUGCACUUGUUUCAUCUUUUCUCUGAAAUUUUUAACUAAUUUGUAUGAUUUGUACUUUUCAGUCAGCCUUGAGGCAGUCAUUUUGACCCAGUCACUUUCUAGUAGAUAGAGUGUAUCCCAAACAAGGAACCAUGCUGCUUUUAUAUAAAUUGGGUUUUAUACAUUUGUCAUACUGCCUGGAAUUUGUAGAAUGAGCCCAGGUGCAUUUUCUGCCUUCAAGGCACUUGCAGGACCCUCAGCAGAGUGCUUGCUCUGUUUCCUUUCCAUUGCUACGGCUUUCUGCUGAAAGGCUUCCACCACAGAAAGGCUGUUCAUUCCAGUUAAUGAAUCCUGGUACAGAUCAGAAGUGAAUAUUGAUCACGGUUUCCAUUCAUGCUGUGCUUAAUACGCAGAUCCCCAUUCAGUUUGUGCAAGCCAUCCCAACAAGGAUUUUCUGUUUGGGGACCAGCAAAGUUAUGUUUCUGUUAUCUGUGGUUGUUUGGGCUGUACAGACCAACCUCUGGGAGCCAACUCAGCACAGUCAAUGUAUGAUGGCAAAGUCCUAGAGGAGCCCAUGGUCAGGCCCAGGAGUUCUGUCCCUCCUCUUCAGUUGCUGUUUUGUGGAGUACACCUGGCAAAUGGCAGCUGAGGGGACAGUUAUGGGCAGUGACAGGAAGGUCAGGGUGGCUGGUCUGUGCAGUAGUGCAUGCAUUUGGGUGGUCUAAUUGUCAUUAAAAUAUACUAUUUAUAGUCCACAUUGUAGAAGGAGAAGAGAAGGCAAAAGAAAAGAUCAGGAUGGAGGAAGAGGGCAGCGUGGGCUGAAGAGAAAAUUGAUUGCAGCAGAGAGAAUGUGAGCAGCAGAACACUGUGUUGGCCAAAGAGAAGUGCUGUCAGCACCCCAGGACAGAGAGCUGCCCUCACUGCCACAGCAUACACUAGAAAGCUCUUUUUUACUGACUGUGGGUGUGGGGGGCCUGGGGAAGCAGGGGAAAAUCCAAGUCCCUCCUGAGAGGCUGUGCAGUUGCCUCAGUCUUGGCUGCGGGCACAGCCUAGUUCUGGGCUCCGGCUUGGCUCCUCUGUGCUCCGCAAGGUGCAGGGGCUCGGCUGUGCAGGCCCGAGUUGUGAUCUUCCUUAUGGGGGAAAACAUGUAGCAAGAAUGGAUUAAUUGACCCUUGAGAAAAUGUAUCAAACAGAGCAAAAAGGUAUUUUCAAGAGUUCUGAGAAUUGUAUACUCAGAGCACUUGUGAACUGGAUACAAAAUUCCUUGUUCUUCAAAGUCAUGUGGGUGAAAGUAACCUACUUUCCAAGGUUGACAGAUCUUCCAAGGGGUGAUCAAAUAGCAGUAAAAUUUGGCAGAAAGUGUAGGUGGUCCAGGUAACAGCCCCACGAGCUACAGGGCUCAAAAAACUGAUACAUGAAAACCCCCCACAGCCCUGCAAUAAACUUAUGGUAGUGAAUGAGACUUGUGUACCAGGCUGUGCAAUUUCACAUGCUCACAUACUAUAAAUAUUAACAACCCUAGGCAGUCUUUGCCCAUCUCGAUCUCUCCCUGCCACCCUUGUUGCCACCCUGCUGUGGCUGGCACAGUUUCAGCUAUUCCAUCUCAUGUACGUGUUGUUCUUUGCCCGAUGUCUACAAGUGAUAUUGGCACUGCUCAGCUGCUUGGAAUGGGACUGCUGGCCCCGAGGAGCCUGCAUUUUAAACAGAGACAAACUGGCUGGCAGGGGAAUCAGGAGACAAGGCCAUUUCUCAGGGUCAUUGUGGAGCACCAGGAGCAACAUCUGACUUCCCGCAGUCACCUCACACAUGGGGUGAGGCUGCCUCCACGUUGUACUUCCAAGCUGGCAUCUCCCCCAUUGCUCUGUUGCUUAGAUGUUAGUUUUCCAGAGAUGGUUGUAAAUUGAUGCAUCUGGUAUCUAAGGGGUUAAUCUGUAGAGGCCUGCUAAAGGCGUAAUGUAGGGAAAAGCUGCACAGAUGGAAUAUCAGAGAGAUUGUUUUUUUCUCAGCAUUCUUUUGGUCUCUUAGGGAUUGUAUCAUUUUUAGACCACAUCUUUCUGUUACAAUAAAUAGAGCAGAUGGCUUUCUGUGUAUAGUGAACUCAACAUAUUCACCAUGGGUAGCUACACAGAGCUCUGGGUUUAUUCACUUUAGCUUCUGAAUUAUUCCUUCUUUGUAUGGUGGCCCUGGAUGUUGCACCUUGUGAGGGAGCACUUUCAGAAACAUCUGUGCUAAAUUUACCGACUGAAGCAACAAGAGCUAUUAUCUCAGAUGGCUGAAGGUCAUGUGGAGAGGUUUGAACUUCAACUGCCCUAAGCCAUGACAGUAGAAGAGGGUUCUUGUACUGCAGACAGAGCAAGGCAGUCUCCGUCGGGUCUGCUGCAUCUUGCACCUGAUAUAUGCCAACACAACCUCAGCUGUCUCUGACCUCUGCUGUGCAGCGGUUGUUCUCCUUUUCUCACAGACCCUUCAGACACUGCUGGCUUUCCGUGCCUCCUCUGGUUGCUUUCUUUGUGGUUGACUUCUGUAGCCUCAGCUGCUCGAAGGUUCCUUGCAGAUGAAGGCUUCUUGCAGAGGAGCACAGUGCUGUGCUCUUCUGGUGGAUUUGCAGUGUCUUUCUGUUCCAGUGCACAGGGGAAAAUGUUACUGAACACUUUUCCAUUCUUUUGGCUUAAAUUCCUGAACUCUGGCCUUCAGUUAUAUCUGAUUAUUUACAGGUGCAAAACAUCAAGUCUGUCACUAUAACCAGGGUUAUAAACGUUGUUCUAAUUGUUUCAUUGAAAUUGGACAGGAUAGAAGACCUUCUGGUCAAAGCAUGGGAUGCAGUCAGAAGACUACUUCCUGACAUUGCUACAUGCUUCCCAGAUGAAUUUGGGCAACUCAGUAAGUCCAGCCUUAAAACGAACUUAAAUAAAACCACCCAGUUUGGGAGCAGUAACACAAUUCUUUGAGAUAAGGAUACAAACACUUAAGAGAAUUGCAAAAUACUGUAUUUGAAUACUGAAUUAUUUUGUGAUGAGGAAUGGACCCAAAGGGGCCAGGGUUAGGAGGCUGAUGUGAGACCAGAGGAAUGCCAAAUCAGUCACAUAGCAGUCAAAAUAAGGGCUGUGUCCUAGCUGGCUGUGAGUGUGAUAAUGAGAUAGCAGGGAAUAUUCUGAAUGGUGCCAGUUCCAAACACAUUUGUGUGGAUACAAAAAGGCAUCGCUUUUAAAAAAAUAAUACCUGAUCUGGGAGGAAAGCAUACAGUGAUUCAUGCUGACCUGAAUUGUAGUCAGCAGUAAACUGCUGAACGUGUUUACAGCAAGAAUAUUUUUUGCUUUUGAUGAAGUCUGUGUUCUGGCACUGGAUGAGCAGGAUUGUGCAAGCAGGGGGAAAAUCAAUCACAUGAAGGGUGUCCUUGUCAAAUUCAAUACAUUUUCCAUAAAUUAAAUUAGUAGAAAGCAAGUUGGAUUUAAUAGGAAAAAUGAAACAACCGAAUACCUACAUUUUGUGAAGCAGAUCGAUAGAUUAAUAAGAGCAGAAAAAGUCAGCAUAUUGGGGAAUUAUAAGGUUGUGUUUGACAGCUUCUGCCUGAAAAUGGAGCAGGCUGCAUUCCUGCUGCGGCUGAGUUGGGAAAGAGCAGGUUGCUCACUGAUAAAGCAUGUUUGCUCAUAGACCAGAGGUGGGCCGGAGCUGGCAGGGAGCUGAGCCUGGAAAUGUUGGGCUGGAUUGUGUCCAGGCCUGUUGCUGCAGGAAGUGUGCAGAGGGUUACAGAAAGGGUGAAGUUUGGGAGAAAUGGCAGUUCUCUGCUGCUGGAGGUUGGACAAGAGAAUUUCUUAAAGUCUCUCCUAGCUCCCAUUUUUGAUGGCCUGUUUAAAAUGUUUUGAAAUAGGUAUAAGAACAAAAGGAGAAAAUGGAAACAAGCCUAUCUACAAUGCAGCCUCUUUGAUUAUAGAAUGCAUGCCUGUGUUUACUCAGUGUAAGGACAGAUACUUAGGCAAACAAAAGCAGCAUUUGUUUCAGAGGAGCAUGUACACCUCACUGAUUUUAGGGAGAUUCCCACAAACGCAUCUGCAGAUCAGAGUGCAGGAUUUGUCAGGGCAGGCACAUUCAGAAUACUGCAUGUGAUGAGAUUUGACAGUUGAGCUGGAUCUGUAUGGAUCUGAGCACUGGCCUACAGACAUUUUUCAGUGAUUGAGUAAAACAGUCCAGGAAGCAAAAGCAGAUAUAUAUAUGUGUGUGUAUAUAUAUAUAUAUAUGCACAUACACACAGACAGCUCUUAUUGCAGGUAGAGCUGUAACUAUAUAGAAGGCCCCUAGGUGAGCACAGCUCAUUGCUGAAAUUAUAGGAAUAAACCACAGUAGUGCAGGCGCAUUUAUACUUUGUAGCUGCCUCCAUGCUGAAGGUUUCGUCUCAUUGCAUUUGGUUCUGAACAGACCUGCACACAGAGGCACCAGCACUGUGGUUGCAAUUUGCUUCCUGCAUUGCUUUUUUCUCCACUGAAGCAUCACGCCUGGCUCUGGGAUCAGCCAGAUGUGGUCACGUCAGUGAGUCUGAUCACUUUUAAGGGGAGGUCCUGCUCUCUGCAUUAAUUUAAUUGCAGGUUAUUUGUGUAAUUUCUUCCACAUCUUACUUCCUGAAGGCCUGGAACAGAAGUCUGGUUUUGUAAUCUGAGUACUGAAGAGUGACCGGAUGUAAUUAUGUGCUCCAUUAUUCCUACAGCUCUUUAGCACAGAAAGUAAAAGCUCAGUGUUGCCAUUAGUACUGAAAACCCAGAAGUUAACAUGCAAUAAGUAUUCCUUGCGAGCAGCAUAGUGGGCAGUCUGUACUUCACGUUUACCUAGUAACUAUUUUGUAUUGUCUGUGUUUCCCAAAAGAGACUGAUGAGAUUUCUUGUUACACAUUCAUUAUGUCUCCUUGGAAGUCACAAAUUGUAUAGAAACGCAUAGUAAUAAAGUCAUGACAGUAGCAAUGGGUUCCUCACUGAGACAAAGCAGGAUUUGGGGAACGUAAUUCACCUUUUUCCCAGAUGCCAUUUGGGUGACCACACACGGGGAGAUGCUGUGAACAUGCUCAGACCUGCAGAUGGAUCUACUGCUGCAGAACACAUUAAGUGCAGCUGAACAUUUCAUCUCAGCAGCUGUAUGCUGCUGCCUCUUUGGUGCUGUGCAUGCCUGGUCACAAGAGUUUUGGUGGGAAAAAGCUGCUGUUAAAUGAAGACACGAGAAAGAGAGAAGUUUUUUGCAAGACCUCAAGUUUAAGUCUAUAUCCUUACAUGAGGAGGAAAUGCAUACAUAUUCUGAUUUAGUAACACCAUGUUAGAAAUACACUUGGUAGAAUGUAGGUUCUGAGUUCUGCUCUUCAGUAAUGCUUCCUGUGCUCUGAUGGUUUGAGCGCUUUGUAUUCACACAAACGGAACAUUACAGCAUUAAAGAUGUAAUGCUGUAGCGUCAUGUGAUGAGGCUUUGUCGUGCACUGACACGUCAAGCAGUGUAAACAUCCUCUGUCACCAGGCUCAGUUUACAGUGCAAUUAGAAGGCUGAUAGCAAUCCUGGUAGGCAAACUUGAGGCAGUUUUAGCCCAGGGCACUUGGACACCAGUGACAGUUGUGGGACAGGGAUGCACUCGCUCCAGAAAAGUAAAGUUUGCUGGUGCAGUCAAGCAAUGAGAUAAUGUGAGGGUAGAUCCUGAUGAUAGUUGUAAAUAAAAGUGGGUAAACCCUCUGUUUGUGCUAUAUCACCCAAAUUAGAAGCUACUAAUUAGUGUUUACCCUCUCUUAAACUACUGAGCACCAAGCUUAUGUUCUCCUAGAGACAUUUAAGCUGUUCUCUGAGGUUCUGAUGAGCUGGAGUUCUCUCACAGGAUGGACAUGGGCACUGCUCAGGGCUGCGCUCCUGCCUUGCUGUGACAGUCAGGUAUAGCAGAAGAAAAAAAGCAAUUGAGACCUCACCUUUUCCUUUCCCUUCUUGCUGAGCUAGGAAGAAGUAUUUUUUCGUCUUGCUUUCUCUCUCCUUUUUUUUUUUUUUUUUUUUUUUGGAGCUGGCUUUUCCUGUCAUACUACAUAGUCUCAAAAGAGCUUGGCAUUUUUCCCUGCCCUUUGCAGCUUUGGAAUGUUUUCUUCUUGUUUCUCAAUUUCUGUUAGUACUGCAAAUAAGGCAGAAGUGACUUCUGUGUUUCACUGUUGCUUUUAAUUCACAUGACGAUAUUUAGGAAAUUUGUGUAGCUGCAGUGCUGCAAGACUACCCCAGAGUAGAAAAAGACCACAUCUGCAAAGUAGGUUAAUGAGUGCCCAGCUCCCUGUGGGGUCAGGUCCAUGUUGAGGGCAGCAGUAGCUACUGGUGGACAGCAGGAUAGGUUUACUGUGUGAUAAUGUGCUUCACUUUUAAUUAUCCCAUGAUGAUUAGACUAUCUGGCAUAAAAAUUCUAGUAGGAAUAUUCUGUAUCCAACCUCUAAUUUCUCUAAGUUAUAAUGCAUUAUUCUGUGAUUGCCGUUAAGAUAGUUAGUUCAUUAGCUUCCUCUCCUCAGAUUUAACAGAUCCUAUUGCAGCCAGGGAGAAAUUGGAAAGCGCAAUAUACAGAAUAAAACCCAUGGGUUAAUCCAUCAGAGAGAGUUUCUUUGUAUUUUGAAAUCUAUACAGCACAUUUCAGAUGAGAUAAUAUGUUGAAUGUCAUGGAAAGAAUACAAAACCACCAUUCCUUUAUCAAACGAAAAUAAAUACGGACUAUUUUCCUCCACUUGGAACUUCAGGGAUUUUAGUGGCCUACACUGCCCUCUAAUGGACAAAUCUGUUGGAGCAAUGUCCUCUUCGGACGUGAAAACCAACAUCACGAUGGAGAUGGAGCUGGCAGCACUGCCCGAUAGGCUUUCGUUGGGAGCCUGCCGGCUCUUAGAUGAAAACCCGUGUUUGCUGAGUUUGUAGCUUAGAGAUAUUGUCACCUUUUACCAAAAUCUUGGCAGAUCCUUUUCUUCCUGCCUUUCUUCCUCAUUUAACUGAAGUUUGUUUGUUUAACAAACUGCGCUUAGAAGGAGUAGGAAAAUGUUUUUGCCAUUGGUCCCAGAGUUGGCCCAUUUCCUCUCGAAUGACACCCUCUCCAUCAGGAACUGAUUCAGAUGUGACUUACAGAGGAAGGCAGAUCUGGUCAGGUUGUUUUCUCUGCGUGCCUUGGUUUGCUCAUCUGAUUCCCCAUCCUCUCACUUGGGCAAAAAGCAGAAGUGCCAGAAUACCUCCAAGGAAGUGAUUCGAGGGGCAUUUCUUGACUUACCUAGAAUCACAACUGUCUGGAAAUUUCACGAGAGGGCCUGUUCCCAUGUAGGUAGAUCUGCAGCUCUUGCUUAGCUGCUUGGCUCUUCAGGUUUUAUGAGGCCUAACCCUGUGCGGAGGGGCAGCAGGGGACAAAGUGGGGACUUCCGUCUUACGUGUGACCCUACCACUAUUGUCACUUUUGACAGCCACAAAAGGACAUUUUUGGUGAGGAAAAACCAUCAGCAUUCACUUUAAAGCCUGACAAAACAGUGGGGGUAUUUUUGUGGAUGAAUUAGGCUGUAAUUUCUUAUUUGAGUUUACAUACAAGCUUAAGAAAGCAUAUUAAACUCAAGUGUCUUAAAAAAAGCCCUACCAAAAUAAUCAAGAAGAACCAGAAUGCCAAAAGCUGCAGAGAAACGGUACCACAACUCAGUUUAUCUGGAGCCGGGGACCUUGCGAUGAUUUCUCGUCAAACAAUGCGUACCUGGCAGUCAGAAGUUGCCACGUCUGCCUGCUGAGCACAAAAUCAUGCUGCUUCUCAUGUGUCCAGCAGACAAAGUCCCACACCAAAAUUAACAGAGGAGAAGCUGUGCGUUCUUCUAGGAUAGGGAUUUUUAGGACAAUGGGAUUUGGAGCACUUUGUACUGAACCCAGGAAGGGAAGGAAAAAAAAUAAAAGGAAGCAGAACGCUGUGGCGGUGAGUGUGACCGAUAAGCAGACACGGGCUGGAAAUUUCCAAAGAGUUUGAGAGAAGCACUGAGGAUUCCCAGCAGCACCGGGCAGCCUCCGAGGCGCCCCUCCCCCCGGGGGCCGGGAAGGCUGCAGAAAGUCGUGUUUGCUUUUAGGGAACAGAUUUGCUUUGGGAAAAACACCCUGAGAAACAGGAAGAAGCACUGCUUGUUUGGUUUAGUCGAUUCUGAGGGGAAGAAGUCUUUUUCUACUGAAGUCGAGAGUUCCCAAGAUGAUAUCAAGAAGAUGCCUCUGUCUGAGAUAAUCUCAUCACCCCCACUUGUUUUGUCUUUUUGAGCUUCCAAUAAAGGCCAGCCAGCAGAAUACCCACACCAAAGUCAGCACGGAGCACAACAAGGAGUGUCUCAUCAACAUUUCCAAGUACAAGUUCUCUCUGGUCAUCAGUGGUCUCACUAAUAUCUUAAAAAAUGUUAAUAACAUGAGAAUAUUUGGAGAAACUGCUGAAAAGAACUUAUAUCUAUCUCAACUGAUUAUCUUGGAUACACUGGAAAAAUGUCUAGCAGGGCAACCGAAGGAUACGAUGCGACUAGACGAGACUAUGCUGGUAAAACAGUUGCUGCCAGAAAUCUGCCACUUCAUCCACACUUACCGUGAAGGGAACCAGCAUGCAGCUGAACUACGCAAUUCUGCCUCUGGGGUUCUUUUUUCUCUUAGCUGCAAUAACUUUAACGCUGUGUUCAGCCGCAUUUCCACCAGAUUGCAGGAACUGACUGUUUGCUCAGAAGAUAAUGCCGAUGUUCACGACAUUGAACUUCUACAGUACAUCAGUGUGGAUUGUUCAAAGCUAAAAAGACUCUUGCAAGAGACUGUAUUCAAGUUUAAAGCCCUUAAGAAAGUAGCUCAGUUAGCUGUUAUCAACAGUCUUGAAAAGGCAUUUUGGAACUGGGUGGAAAACUAUCCUGAUGAAUUCACAAAGCUGUAUCAAACACCACAGACUGAUAUGGCCGAUUGUGCAGAGAAGUUGUUUGACUUAGUGGAUGGCUUUGCAGAGAGCACAAAACGUAAAGCAGCGGUGUGGCCACUACAAAUCAUACUCCUGGUCCUGUGUCCAGAGAUAAUUCAAGAUAUAGCAAAGGAUGUAGUAGAGGAAACUAAAAUGAACAAGAAACUGUUCCUGGACAAUCUCAGGAAAGCACUUGCAGGCCACAGUGGGAGCAGGCAGCUGACUGAAAGCGCUGCUAUUGCUUGUGUUAAACUGUGCAAAGCAUCUACCUACAUCAACUGGGAGGAUAAUUCUGUCAUUUUUCUACUAGUGCAGUCCAUGGUAGUAGAUCUUAAGAAUUUGCUGUUUAAUCCGAGCAAACCUUUUUCAAGAAGCAAUCAGAAUGCAGAUGUAGACCUUAUGAUCGACUGCUUAGUUUCAUGCUUCCGCAUAAACCCGCAUAAUAACCAACACUUUAAGAUCUGCUUGGCACAGAGUUCCCCAUCAACAUUUCAUUAUGUACUAGUAAAUUCACUCCACCGAAUAAUCACAAAUUCUGCAUUGGACUGGUGGCCCAGGAUUGAUGCUGUGUACUGCCAUUCCGUGGAGCUUCGCAGCAUGUUUAGUGAGACACUUCACAAAGCUAUUCAGGGCUGUGGGGCACAUCCAGCAAUUCGCAUGACUCCGAUGCCAACCAGUCACUGUUUUGCAUGGCAGUGGGCCUCUGUUGCUAGUCUGACAUUUAAAGAGAAAAUGACAAGCCUUAAAUUUAAAGAAAAGCCUACUGACUUGGAAACCAAAAGCUACAAGUUCCUGCUGUUAUCCUUGGUAAAACUGAUCCAUGCUGAUCCAAAGCUUUUGCUGUGUAAUCCAAGGAAGCAAGGGCCUGAGACACAAGGCAGCACUGCUGAAUUAAUUACAGGCCUUGUACAACUCGUUCCACAAUCCAGCAUGCCAGAUAUAGCACAAGAAGCCAUGGAGGCCUUGCUAGUUCUUCACCAGUUAGACAGCAUUGACUUAUGGAAUCCUGAUGCACCUAUAGAAACUUUCUGGGAAAUUAGUUCACAAAUGCUUUUUUAUAUCUGCAAGAAAUUAACCAGUCAUCAGAUGCUCAGCAGUACAGAAAUCCUCAAGUGGCUGCGAGAGAUUCUCAUCUGUAGGAAUAAAUUUCUUCUAAAAAAUAAACAAUCAGACAGAACUUCCUGUCACUUUCUCUUCCUUUAUGAUGUCUCUGGAGGUGGAGCUAGUCAGAUGUCCCUUGACCACGAAGAGAUGAUGCGCUGUGCUCCCGGAGCCACCCUCAGAAAAGGAAAAGGGAAUUCUUCCAUGGAAAGUACAGCUGGAUGCAGUGGAACACCCAUUUGUCGCCAGGCCCAAACAAAAUUGGAAGUUGCCUUAUACAUGUUUUUGUGGAGUCCGGAUAUUGAGGCAGUCCUUGUUGCAAUGUCCUGUUUCCGUCACCUCUGUGAGGAAGCAGAUAUCAGAUGUGGAGUAGAUGAAGUUUCAGUUCAUAAUUUUUUGCCAAACUACAACACUUUCAUGGAGUUUGCAUCUGUUAGCAAUAUGAUGUCAACAGGGAGAGCAGCUCUUCAGAAAAGAGUGAUGGCUUUAUUAAGACGUAUUGAACAUCCAACUGCAGGGAACACAGAGGCUUGGGAGGAUACACAUGCAAAAUGGGAACAAGCUACAAAACUAAUCCUUAACUAUCCAAAGACCAAAAUGGAAGACGGGCAGGUUACUGAAAGUCUUCAUAAGACAAUUGUUAAGAGACGAAUGUCACAUGUUAGUGGGGGAGGCUCCAUAGACUUGUCUGACACAGAUUCUCUUCAGGAAUGGAUCAACAUGACGGGAUUCCUCUGUGCCCUCGGAGGAGUGUGCCUGCAGCAUCGUAGCAAUGCAGGAUUAGCAACCUACAGUCCACCCAUGGGCCCAGUCAAUGAGCGUAAGGGCUCCAUGAUAUCUAUGGUAUCCACUGAGGGAAAUGCAGAGACUCCUGUUAGCAAAUUCAUAGAUCGAUUACUGACUCUGAUGGUCUGUAACCAUGAGAAAGUGGGACUACAAAUACGGACUAAUAUUAAAGAUCUGGUGGGUUUGGAGUUGAGUCCAGCACUUUAUCCAAUGCUAUUUAACAAAUUGAAGAAUACCAUCAGCAAGUUUUUUGAUUCUCAAGGACAGGUUUUGUUAACUGAGACCAACACACAGUUUGUAGAACAAACCAUUGCUAUAAUGAAGAACUUGCUUGACAAUCAUACAGAAGGGAGCUCAGAACAUCUUGGACAAGCUAGUAUUGAGACAAUGAUGCUAAACCUGGUUAGGUAUGUGCGUGUACUUGGAAAUUUGGUACAUGCAAUUCAAAUAAAAACUAAACUCUGUCAGUUGGUGGAAGUAAUGAUGGAGCGGAGAGAUGACCUUUCAUUUUGCCAAGAAAUGAAAUUUAGGAACAAAAUGGUGGAAUAUUUGACAGACUGGGUUAUGGGAACAUCUAAUCAAGCAACAGAUGAAGAUGUGAAGUGCUUGACAAGAGAUUUGGACCAAGCAAGUAUGGAAGCAGUGGUCUCUCUUCUUGCUGGGCUUCCGUUACAGCCUGAAGAAGGAGAUGGUGUUGAGUUGAUGGAAGCCAAAUCUCAGUUAUUUCUUAAAUAUUUCACACUGUUUAUGAACCUUCUAAAUGACUGUAGUGAAGUUGAAGAUGAAAGUGCACAAACAGGUGGCAGGAAACGUGGGAUGUCCCGAAGACUGGCUUCGCUGCGGCACUGCACUGUUCUUGCUAUGUCAAAUUUACUAAAUGCAAAUGUGGACAGUGGUCUUAUGCAUUCAAUAGGCUUGGGCUAUCAUAAAGACCUCCAGACAAGAGCUACAUUUAUGGAAGUCCUCACCAAAAUUCUACAGCAGGGAACAGAAUUUGAUACGUUAGCAGAAACGGUGCUGGCAGAUCGGUUUGAGAGGCUGGUGGAGCUAGUUACAAUGAUGGGUGAUCAGGGGGAGCUUCCUAUUGCUAUGGCUUUAGCAAAUGUGGUGCCUUGUUCUCAGUGGGAUGAGCUAGCUCGUGUUCUGGUCACACUCUUUGAUUCCCGGCACUUGCUCUACCAGCUACUUUGGAAUAUGUUUUCAAAGGAAGUUGAACUGGCAGAUUCCAUGCAGACACUCUUCCGAGGAAACAGCUUAGCUAGUAAAAUAAUGACUUUCUGUUUUAAGGUAUAUGGUGCUACUUAUUUGCAGAAGCUUUUGGAACCUUUAUUAAGAACAGUGAUCACAUCCUCUGAAUGGCAGCAUGUUAGCUUUGAGGUGGAUCCUACAAGACUGGAGCCUACAGAAAGCCUUGAAGAGAACCAGCGGAGUCUCUUGCAAAUGACAGAAAAAUUUUUUCAUGCAAUCAUUAAUUCUUCUUCGGAAUUCCCACCACAACUUCGCAGUGUGUGCCAUUGUUUGUACCAGGCAACUUGCCACUCUCUACUGAAUAAAGCUACCGUAAAAGAAAAAAAGGAAAACAAAAAAUCAGUUGUUAGUCAGCGAUUUCCUCAGAACAGCAUUGGAGCAGUUGGGAGUGCCAUGUUCCUGCGGUUCAUCAACCCUGCGAUCGUCUCCCCGUACGAGGCAGGGAUUUUAGAUAAAAAGCCUCCGCCCAGAAUUGAGAGGGGACUGAAACUGAUGUCAAAGAUACUUCAGAGUAUUGCCAACCACGUCCUGUUUACAAAAGAAGAACAUAUGAGGCCUUUUAAUGACUUCGUAAAAAGCAAUUUUGAUGCAGCUCGAAGGUUUUUCCUUGAUAUUGCAUCUGAUUGCCCUGCGAGUGACACUGUCAAUCACAGCCUGUCUUUCAUCAGUGAUGGCAAUGUUCUUGCUUUGCACCGGUUGUUGUGGAACAAUCAGGAGAAAAUUGGCCAGUACCUUUCCAGUAAUAGGGACCACAAAGCUGUUGGAAGGCGACCUUUUGACAAAAUGGCUACUCUUCUUGCCUAUCUGGGUCCACCAGAGCACAAACCUGUGGCAGAUACACAUUGGUCCAGUUUAAACCUCACCAGUUCGAAAUUUGAAGAAUUUAUGACAAGGCAUCAGGUACAUGAAAAAGAAGAGUUCAAAGCAUUGAAAACGUUAAAUAUUUUCUACCAGGCUGGGACAUCCAAAGCUGGCAAUCCUGUUUUCUACUACAUUGCUCGGCGUUUCAAGACUGGUCAGAUCAAUGGAGAUUUAUUGAUAUACCACGUCCUGCUAACUCUGAAGCCAUACUACGCAAAGCCAUAUGAAAUUGUAGUGGACCUCACACAUGCUGGCCCCAGUAAUCGCUUUAAAACAGACUUUCUUUCUAAAUGGUUUGUAGUUUUUCCAGGCUUUGCUUAUGAAAAUGUCUCAGCAGUUUUUAUUUAUAACUGUAAUUCUUGGGUCAGAGAAUACACCAAAUACCACGAAAGACUCUUGACAGGUUUGAAAGGAAGCAAAAGGCUUAUUUUCAUAGACUCUCCAGGAAAACUGGCGGAGCACAUUGAACAUGACCAGCAGAAACUUCCAGCAGCUACCUUAGCUUUGGAAGAGGACUUGAAAGUAUUUCACAAUGCCCUCAAAUUGGCUCACAAAGACACCAAAGUGUCUAUUAAAGUUGGAUCAACAGCUGUGCAGGUGACAUCAGCAGAACGAACAAGAGUCCUGGGACAGACAGUGUUUUUAAAUGAUAUAUACUACGCCUCUGAAAUUGAGGAAAUAUGUCUUGUUGAUGAGAAUCAGUUUACAUUGACGAUUGCCAACCAGGGAACGCCACUCACCUUCAUGCAUCAGGAGUGUGAAGCCAUUGUGAGGUCCAUUAUUCAUAUACGGACACGGUGGGAGCUGUCACAACCAGACUCCAUCCCACAGCACACUAAAAUUCGCCCUAAGGAUGUUCCCGGAACACUACUGAACAUAGCAUUGCUCAACCUGGGAAGCUCAGACCCGAGUUUGCGGUCUGCUGCCUAUAAUCUUCUGUGUGCCUUAACCUGUACCUUUAAUUUAAAGAUUGAGGGCCAGUUACUGGAAACUUCAGGUCUGUGUAUUCCUGCCAACAACACGCUCUUUAUUGUGUCUAUUAGUAAGACUCUUGCAGCUAAUGAGCCACACCUUACCCUAGAGUUCUUGGAAGAGUGUAUUUCAGGAUUUAGCAAAUCUAGUAUUGAACUGAAACAUCUUUGUCUGGAAUAUAUGACUCCCUGGCUGUCCAAUCUGGUCCGAUUCUGCAAACACAACGACGAUGCGAAGCGCCAGCGAGUCACUGCCAUUCUUGAUAAGCUUAUAACAAUGACAAUAAAUGAAAAACAGAUGUACCCUUCUAUUCAGGCUAAAAUAUGGGGAAGUCUUGGACAGAUUACAGAUCUCCUUGACGUAGUGCUGGACAGUUUCAUCAAAACUAGUGCCACGGGGGGCUUAGGAUCCAUUAAAGCUGAGGUUAUGGCAGACACAGCAGUAGCGCUUGCUUCUGGAAAUGUAAAAUUGGUUUCAAGCAAAGUGAUUGGAAGGAUGUGCAAAAUAAUUGACAAGACUUGUCUGUCUCCAACUCCUACACUGGAACAGCACCUGAUGUGGGAUGAUAUUGCCAUUCUAGCACGUUACAUGCUGAUGCUCUCCUUCAACAAUUCUCUGGAUGUGGCUGCACAUCUCCCCUACCUCUUCCAUGUGGUUACUUUGUUGGUGGCCACUGGACCCCUUUCUCUCAGAGCUUCCACUCAUGGUCUUGUCAUCAACAUCAUUCAUUCUCUGUGCACUUGCUCACAGCUUCAUUUUAGUGAGGAGACCAAGCAAGUUUUAAGACUGAGCUUGACUGAAUUUUCUCUGCCUAAAUUUUAUUUGCUGUUUGGAAUCAGCAAAGUGAAAUCAGCUGCAGUCAUAGCAUUCCGCUCCAGCUAUCGAGACAGGUCAUUUUCACCUGGCUCCUACGAGAGGGAGACUUUUGCACUGACCUCCUUGGAAACUGUUACUGAAGCUUUGCUGGAGAUCAUGGAGGCUUGUAUGAGAGAUAUUCCAACAUGCAAGUGGCUGGACCAGUGGACCGAACUAGCACAAAAGUUUGCAUUCCAGUACAAUCCAUCCCUGCAGCCAAGAGCACUCGUUGUCUUUGGCUGUAUAAGUAAGCGUGUCUCUCAUGGACAAAUAAAACAAAUAAUCCGAAUUCUUAGCAAGGGGCUUGAGAGCUGUUUAAAAGGCCCUGAUAAUUACAAUAGCCAAGUUCUAAUAGAAGCUACGGUUAUAGCACUCACCAAACUGCAGCCUCUUCUUAACAAGGACUCCCCCAUGCACAAGGCCCUCUUCUGGGUAGCCAUGGCAGUACUGCAGUUGGAUGAAGUCAACCUAUACUCAGCAGGUACAGCACUGCUUGAACAGAAUCUGCAUACCUUGGAUAGCCUUCGAGUGUUCAAUGAUAAGAGCCCAGAAGAGGUGUUCAUGGAGAUCAGGAGACCACUUGAAUGGCACUGCAAACAGAUGGAUCAUUUUGUUGGGCUAAAUUUCAACUCCAACUUCAACUUUGCACUAGUGGGGCACCUCCUGAAAGGGUACAGGCAUCCUUCACCUACCACUGUAGCAAGAACAGUAAGGAUUCUACAUACACUACUAGCUCUGGUUAACAAACACAGGAACUGUGACAAGUUUGAGGUGAACACCCAGAGCGUGGCUUACCUAGCAGCUUUGCUGACAGUGUCUGAGGAAGUUCGAAGUCGCUGCAGCCUAAAACAUAGGAAGUCUCUCUUGCUGACAGAUGUUGCAAUGGAAAAUGUUCCUAUGGAUACAUAUCCCAUACAUCACAGUGACACUACCUAUAGGACACUAAAGGAAAAUCAACCAUGGUCAUCACCAAAGGGAUCAGACAGACACCUGGCUGCCAGUUACCCGACAGUGGGACAGAUAAGCCCUCGAACACGAAAGUCCAUGAGUUUGGAUAUGGGGCAGCCUUCACAAGCGAACACUAAAAAGCUUCUAGGUACAAGGAAAAGUUUUGACCAUUUGAUAUCGGACACAAAGGCUCCUAAAAGGCAAGACAUGGAAUCUGGAAUCACAACGCCUCCCAAAAUGAGGAGAGUAGCCGAAAAUGAUUAUGAAAUGGAAACCCAGAGAAUAUCACCGCAGCAGCACCCCCAUCUCCGGAAAGUUUCUGUUUCUGAGUCAAAUGUCCUCCUGGAUGAAGAAGUUCUGACUGAUCCAAAAAUUCAAGCACUGCUGCUUACAGUUCUUGCCACGUUAGUGAAGUACACUACUGAUGAAUUUGACCAGCGGAUUCUGUAUGAGUAUUUAGCAGAAGCCAGUGUUGUCUUCCCAAAGGUCUUUCCUGUUGUGCAUAAUUUAUUGGAUUCCAAGAUCAAUACCCUCUUGUCGCUGUGUCAAGAUCCAAAUUUGUUGAAUCCAAUUCAUGGGAUUGUUCAGAGUGUUGUCUACCAUGAGGAGUCUCCACCCCAAUACCAAACUUCUUAUCUACAAAGUUUUGGAUUUAAUGGGUUGUGGAGGUUUGCUGGCCCAUUUUCCAAGCAAACACAAAUCCCAGACUAUGCUGAGCUCAUAGUGAAGUUUCUUGAUGCCUUGAUUGACACGUAUUUGCCUGGAUUUGAUGAGGAAACCAGUGAAGAAUCUCUCCUGACACCCACGUCUCCAUAUCCUCCCGCAGUGCAGAGCCAGCUUAGCAUUACAGCUAACCUUAACCUUUCCAAUUCCAUGACCUCGCUCGCAACUUCCCAGCACUCCCCAGCUUCUCUGCCUUGCUCUAAAUCUGCAGUUUUCAUGCAGCUUCCUCAUCAAGGGAUCGACAAGGAGAACGUGGAGCUCUCGCCCACCACUGGCCACACCAACAGCGGGAGGAUGCGCCACGGCUCCGCCAGCCAGGUGCAAAAGCAGCGAAGUGCUGGCAGCUUGAAACGUCACAGCAUUAAGAAGAUUGUGUGAAACUUGGGGUUGGUUUUUUGUUUGAUUGUUUUUUGGGGUUUUUUUUUUUUUUUUUUGGAAACUGACUGACGUACGUGGGCCUCUUGCAAAGGGCCCCCCACCAGUUGUGAUGCUGCACUUAAUUUUUCAAGUUCCCAUCCUGUCAGCCAUGUUGCCAGAUGAUCAACUCCUGAAACAUUGCCUGAAUUUUAAUGCCUUCUUUCUUUUCUUCUGUUUUUUUAUUUAAGCCAAUGUUUCAGAACCGCUUAUAGAUCCUGAAGGACUUUGUAGGCGAAGGAGGUGUGAGUUCCUUAACGCUGCAGAACGUAUCUUGUCCAAAUAUGAAAGCCAUUUCCCAUAGACGGUUCUACCUUGCUUCUGUGAUUCGCCUUGUUUGUUUCUUCUCUAAAGGAAAGUGUUAAUACUUAAUCCUGUUUGCACACUUCUCAAGGUAGUGGCUUUAUGAGCCAGGGGAAGUUACUGUCAUCCUGGUUUUAAUUCAAAACUGUAGGAUUUUUAGCUGUGGACUUUUUUUUACCGUGCUUAAAAGAAACUUAACAAUAGCUGCAGUACAAUGAGCUUAGCCAGAAUUGGUUGAUUAGAUUAAAUUCCUAGUAAUUAGCAAUAAAUUGAGAGGACAAGGAGGCUUCAUGAGUCUCUUCAUUCCCCAGACCUUAGCUUCAAACACUUGGACUGUAUAUGGACCAGACUGGAUAAACUGGCUUUUUUCUGAAGCAGUUUUUUUUGCUGUACUUUAGCUGCACUAAAAAAAGGUUGUACAGUGGAAAGAAAACCGUCAAGAACUGACUAUUAUGGUGUCAUUGUAGCAGUGUUUAAAAUUCAUUGCUGCUUUCUUCCAUUUAACUUUGCUUUAGUUUUGCCCUCCUAACAAUACUAACAAUACGCACCUUCCAGAAAUUCCUGGCAGAAAAACUAUUGGGAUACAGAGGGGAAAAUUUUAUUGAUUAACUUCCAGCUCUGGGAGGUUGUUUGGCAAAGCUGCUUUUGUGCUGUCUGAGCAGUGAUACAAAAACAGCAAUGUUUGCCUAAGGUACACAAAUCUAAAAAUAACUGACACUUUGUCAAAUCCAGGUUACGUUUGAAUGUUUGCAGUGCAAUUUCUGCUAUCAGUACAGACAUUUGCAGUCAAACUUUUCUUGCAGAACUUUCAAGGGGUUUUAGUUUGUAAGGGCUCGUACCUGGGGGUUAUAUGAAACUGAAAUUGCUAUCACUGUGAAAGACUUGUCAGCCACAGUAGUGCAUUAGCAAUGGGGACUGUGAUAAUAUGCUGCUAUGUUGAAUGACGUGUAAAGAUGUAGCACUGGGUGCUACAGACGUUACCUGCACGGACUGAAGAUGCGCAGAGCGUUGGACCUCAGAGGUGAAUGGGCAUUCUGACAAAGGCCUGCCAUCCAGGUGCUCAUUGUAGGGCUAAGCAAAUCUACUGCUAGAAAACAGAUAAACUUCCUAGAUUGAGAUCUGUUGUAUGUUAGAAGUUAACAACAGUGAAUGGCUUUAGAAGGGAAAAAAAGGUAUAUCCACUGUAUGAAAAAAAUAAAAUCCUCUAGUGCAAUGUUAUCAGUGGCUUUCAGUAAAUCAAACUCCACAGCUAAAUUAUUAGAGAAUGGUACAAUUAUAAGUGUUCAGAUUUUAUUGAUAUAGCACAUAAUUCACGUGUAUCCACACAGUAACAAUGUAACAUUUAUGUAAAUAAAAAUGCCUUUAUUGUAUUGAUUCAUAAAAUAACAAUUCUUCUAAUUUGUUUACAGUCCUGGAAGAACUAUGAACACAAGCUUAAUAUGCAAAUAGUUUGCCAAAACAAGAGGAAGAUGUAGAAUUAGCGGUCUUGAAAUAGAAUCAUUGGAAAAUACAAAAAGUUGUGCAAUUAACCACAUUGUUUUAUUCUUGAUUGUGUAGGAGCUGCAGUAGAAACAUGAUUCCUGAACUGUGAGAUCUAUGGAAGGGUUACAAGGCUAGACCUAAAUUAAGGAAUAGAGCAGUGACUUUUGCCAUGUUUUUAAGCUGCUAUGCAUUUGUAAUUUUGGGAGUCACUGAUUUAAAAACCUUUCUCAUCUCAUACAUCAAAUUGCUAAUAGCCACCUUGGUAUCGCUGUCGGUUUGCACCUGAUUAUACUGAACCAAGCUGUUCCCAGCCCUUCCUGUUUUGCUGAAGACAAUGAAUUGUAGAAACCUGGAGAGUUAUUCCUUCCAUAGGUGGGAGGAAAAAAGAAUCUCUUGUAAUUUACUGAUACAAAAAGAUAAUUUUCAGUUGUUUCUCUGUGAGCAAAUUUUCUUUAAAAAUAAUUCCAGAUGAACUGCCAACUCUGCUCUGUUUGGACUGAGUGCGUUUGAGAGCAGCUCUUGCAAUAUUUUGCAUUGCCUCUAUAAAAAGUGCAUCACGAAAUAAGAACUAAUGCAUUCUUAGAGAUAUGAGUACGGUGAAACCAAACUGACCUUUUCAGUGAGAGCUAGAACUAUUGUAAGCUCUUGGUCCUGACUGAAACAAAUGAUACAUUGAUAAAGCAAGUCAGCAAAAUUUGUUUCCUGGGUAGGAGUCGUGUAAUGUCUUCACUGUGUAGUUCAGUGAGGGGACCCGAACUUUCAGAGCAGGGGUGUCAAACAUUUUAGGUAAAAAGAGCUGAACUUGAGUGUAACUGUGGACACAGAACCAUAGAAUAUGGUUUGGAUAGAAGGGGCCUUAAAGCUCAUAUUGCAGCCCCUGCCAUGGUGGGCACCACCCACCAGCACAGGCUGCCCAGGGCCCACCCAGCCUGGCCUCCAGCACCUCCAGGCAUGGAGCACCCACAGCUGCUCUGGGCAGCCUGUGCCAGGGCCUCACCACCCUCCUUGUGAGGAAUUUCUUCCUUUUACCUGGUCUAAGUCUACCCUUUCAGUUUGAAGCCCUCACCCGUUCUGCUGUUACACUCCCUGACAGUCCUUUCCUGCAGCCUGCGAAGGCCGCUGUGAGGUAUUCAGAGCCUUCUCCAGGCUGAACAGCCCAACUCCAUCAGCCUGUCUCUAUAGGAGAGGUGCUUCAACCCUCCUCUGAGCAUCCUCCUGGUCUCUUCUGGACUUGCUCCGACAGGUCUGUGUCUGCCUUUUGGGGAGCCCAGACCUGAAUGCAGUACUCUAGGUGGCCACUGUCUACAGCAGAGAUGUAAUUCAGGGCUAUGUUUGCCCUGAUACACAGUAGGACCAGGGCUUAGGAAGUUUGUGCUUAGAUCAAGGGGGAAAACACCUUCCUUUCAUUUUGUAACCUUUAAUUAGUAAAUGGUUGGUCAGUGCCUUACUGUCAUCCAUCAACCCGGAAACCCGCUCCCUAUAACAGCCAUUGCUAUUGCUUUAGUUUUUUCUUUCUUUCUGAUAUACUCCUUUAUUUGUUCCCUUUUCUUGUUUUGCAUAUUGUGUCCUGCUGUGUUUCAUUCCUAUGAGCACUGCUCUCCAUUUCUAAUCCAGCCUUUUCAACCCUCUCCUCAUCCUUUCACUCCAUCGAUGCUGGUGAUUAGCAGUUACUUGCUGGUGAUGACGCUUCAAGAUCAGGCUUGAAAGCUGAUGUAAGAAGUGGGAGACUCCCAAGUUCAGACCUUCCAGUCACUGUUUCAGGCAGCAGGCAGCCUACAUGCGCUCAGCACUGUGCAGGCUGCCCUGUUCAUGGUCUGAGGAUCACCUCUGCAGCCAUGCAGUCUGUGUACCUCAAAAUGAAAACUUAAAUUCAGAAAAAUCUGAUUGUAACACGUGGACCACGUAGCUACACUAUGGGGACUGUAUGUUUGACACCCCUGUUUUAGAACAUGCUAUCCAUUACGUACUAACUACAGUUAAGUACUGUAAAGAUGAUUAACAUUUUGUGUUUGUAUUUCCCUGACUUAAAGAUAAUUCAGUAGUAUUUGAAUAGUACAUAACCUACCUGUUUAUUAUGCCAAUGUUUCUGCUUUAAUGUGCAUGAAGUUUCCAAGAAUAGGAAACUUUUCAAAUAAGUAUUGUGGACUGAGCACACGGGAGCAUUCCAGUGCUCUUCCUAAAUGGGUUGUAGGUUUUAGGGCUUCUUCUGUUUCAUCCUAACUUUAAUUUUUACAAAUGUAAUGAAGCACGUCUUACUGUUAUGCAACAAACUUACCACAGAAAGUCACUUUUAGUGUUGGUCCCACCAUUUUUUUUAAUGCAGUAUAUUCACCUGUAAAUAUUUUUUGUGUAAAAUUUGACAGAAAAGUAUAUUUACUACACUGUAAAUACAUGUGACAAUAUAUUGUAUUAUUUUGCUUUUUUUGUAAAGCAGUUAGUCGCUGUAUAUGUAUAACAUACAAAUUUGAUUAUUCUAGUGUUAGUAAUUGUUAACUACUACUUCUCCUUCCUGCUGUUGCGUUACAUCAUUUAAAAACAAAGCUGUGUACUAUAAACUUACCCUGUGUAUGAUAUCUUACUCUUUCCAUUUGGGCCUCAACUUUGAAAAUGUUUCCUCAAUCCACAGUCCUGUUCCUAUGGUAAGCAAGUGUGCUAGGGCAGGCCAGAGCCCUGCUGAUUCAGACACAGCUGGUAAGCUUAGGCAGAAAUGGUAGAAGCCUGGUUUCAGAUAUAACUGUUGUUCCUCCCAUCUUCUCCUCAUGUAUGUACUUUGCCUUUUUUUGAAGUAAAAUGUAAAUUCAACCUGC